CUGCAGAGUGAGCUCUAACUUGCUCACUGCACUUGUUUGCUCUCAGUUGACAUCAACCUUGCCAUAAAGCCUCCAAAGACAGGCUGGCGACUUCCUUGUGAGCUAGGUACUGCUCCGAGUCCCACUUCUGACUGGCGAGUGGUGGGACGGUGCUGCUGGGACACAGAAAAAACAGCAGUCAGCUGAUGCCUGUUGGACAAGGCUGGGACAACAGGGGCACUGGGUUUAAAGGAGCGUAAAUGCCUGCUAAGAUGGCACUGGCCAGUUCACUUUCUAGCAAACCAGUACCACCAUGCUCCAGAAAAGCUUCUACGGCAGGGGUGGAAGUGCACCAGAGCAAGCUGGAUUUUUUCUGCAAGCUGGGCUAUGGUAAGCAGGACAUCUACAAAGUGCUGGAGAACCUGGGCCAAGAAGCCUUGGAAGACGAUGUGUUGAAAGAGCUGAUUCGGAUGGGGAGCAAACCUCAAGCUCUGGAGAGCCAGGCUCGGCCUUCCCCACUAAAACUUGUUGCCCGUGGAUCAUGUAGCACUACACCGGCAUCAAAGUGGCCUGGAGAAGAUGGCAGUGAUUCUUCUAGUUACUUGCGACCCAUUGUGAUCGACGGCAGCAAUGUCGCAAUGAGUCACGGAAAUAAAGAGGUAUUUUCCUGCUGGGGUAUCCAGCUGGCAGUGGAUUGGUUUCGAGAGAGGGGGCACAUGUACAUCAAGGUUUUUGUCCCGCUCUGGAGGAAGGAGCCCCCUCGACAAGACAGUCCCAUUGCAGAUCAGCACAUCCUUGAAGAGCUUGAAAAGCAAUCAAUCCUUGUGUACACCCCAUCCCGGAAAGUGAAAGGCAAGAGGGUCGUUUGCUAUGAUGAUCGCUAUAUAGUAAAAGUUGCUUAUGAGAAAGAUGGAAUUAUUGUUUCCAAUGACCAUUACCGGGAUCUCCAGAAUGAAAACCCAGAGUGGAAAUGGUUUAUUGAGCAGCGACUACUCAUGUACUCUUUUGUCAGUAACAGGUUUAUGCCUCCUGAUGAUCCGUUAGGCCGGCACGGACCCACUCUUAACAACUUCCUCAGCAAAAAGCCAGUGCUUCCUCAACCAAAGUGGCAGCCUUGCCCCUAUGGUAAAAAAUGCACCUAUGGCAAUAAAUGCAAAUUUUACCACCCAGAGAGAGCACAUCAAGUUCAGCUGUCAGUUGCUGAUGAGCUCAGGGCCAAAAUAAAGGUCCCGCUAAGCCUGGGCAAAGAGGAGGAGAAGCGUAACCACUCACUGUACAGGACCGGUGCAGAGCCUGCACCCUGCGACACCUGCACAGAAAUGCUGCAAGAAGCCAGUGGCUGCACAGGGGCUUCCCACUACCCAGCGUGGUGCUGGGGGAGCCGUCCUGCGCUGUCAUCUGCUGCCUGGGCUGGUGGUCCCAGUUCAGACCUGGGGCCAGAGCAGCAGAUGCUACAGCCAGAACCACUGCAGGACCAGCUGCUCCUGGAGAAGAUGUCAGUGUUAUCCAUCGGCGAUGACACCUGCGGCUACACUCGGUCCAUACAUAACCCUCAGGACAGAGAAGUGAUGGGCAGCCCUCAUCGCUGCAGUGACCUCAGGCAAAACCUGUACUCGCUGCACCGUGCCCGUAGCUCGGACCACCCGUGCUUGCGGGGGUGCCCUUUGCAGCAAAUGGGGCCUUCACGGGCACGGGGUGGGAUGCGCCCAGACUAUAGCUGGCCUCAGGAGUGCUGCAGCAUGCACAGCACGGGUCAGAGGAGCCGCUACGUCCCUGACAGUGCUCAGCACCAACAGGCCCCGGAGACUCAGCACCGUGUUUUGCCACAGCCUGCAGCUCUUCCUGCUGACCCACUUCACUUCUACAGCGAGCACCAGCACCGUUUCCCCAGCCAGCCCCCACCACAGCCCUUUCUGUUAGACUCCAGCGAUGGACUGGGUUUCUUCCAGAAAGCCCAGGCUUACAGUGACUACUGGCCCACCCCAGCUGCAAGGCCACCCUCUGCCCCCGAAGCAAGCAUACACAGGGAGCUGUGCUCCCUUUUUUCUUACCAGGAGGUGAACCACGUUAUGGCUUUGUACCCUGAUAUCAAGGAUAUUACUAGCUUGACUUUACUGAUUCAAAGACACAGAAACCUGUGAAGCUUCCACCUUAAACCUUUCCCGGCAAGCACAAGUCCUGGGGCAAAAAGAUGCUAUUCUGAGGCUUAACUAAGUGUCAUUAAAGGGUUUUAUGACAAAGGUUAUAGCUGUUCCAGGAGCACAAGUCUAAGCAUCAAUCAGCUAUGUCACCUGGGGCAUCAGGUCAAGACACAGGCUGUCAUUCACUGCAGCGGGAUCUCAUUCACCUCACCUGGAAGUGAAUGGAAUGGGGAGGCUCAGAGUAACUGAGCUAUCAGCAAUUGAGCCUCACUAGGUUCAGGGUGGCAGAGAUCUUCAUCAAUGCCUUGAAACACUAGACAUGUUUUUCAAGUCCUAACCUGUUGUUCAAUGACCAUAGAAGAGCCAUGCUCCGCAGUCCCCAGUUAAGGUCUCUCUACAGGACCCCCACGCCAUGACCACAGGCUCAGCUAGCAUAGAAAGUAAUUUGGCUUUUUCCUCCUAGCACAGGGCUGCGCUCUCUGUGAGAGAACGCAGUCCUCUAUCACCGAGCUUUCAAAGAUGUGUCUCGUGUUUAUAAUCCAAUGCUCUGAACACAUGCUCUUUAGCACAGGUGGUGCAGGUACACCAGAGCACCUGAAGGUAUAAUUUUUUAUAUAUAUAUAUAUACACACACACCCCUAUAGGUUCAUUUCUUAGCGAUCACGGACAAUAUAAGUCAAAUCAAGGAAGUCAUCUUCAGUGUAAUCCUGAUGUGGACUGAGGGCUCAGGGUCGUUAAUUCAAAAACGAAGAAACCCAGAUAAUGCCAAGGGGGAACACCCCCCCCCCCCCCCCCCCCAACCCAAAACCUUUAAAGUGUCUCUGUUGUGUCAAAGAAAACAAUUGCUACUUUAACCCUUAAUUACCAAAUGCGGGCCCAUGAUGCAAUUAUACAGCUGCUUUAUGAUUACAAACAUUUAAACUGUGUUCUGUUGGGACACAUUUGAUUUUCAGUAAGCUGUAAAGCUGCUAGUCUCUGCGUUAUUCCGUGGAAUUCAAAUAUUAAGGUUGAUCCUGAAGGUUUUUGGCAUUAUACCAAAGUUUAAGUAUGUCAGUAUGACAUGUUUUAAAAAUGCUUUAACCUAUUCUAAAAUGGUCAUCUAGAACACUUUGUUCUGAGUAAUGUAAUUUUUUUUCUUUUGCCUUUUUUUUUUUUCUUGGCACUGAUGCCUCACCCAGUCCAAAACUGAAGUAGGAUUUACAAACUCUCUGACCCUGCAGUAUCUCCGUUAGGUUCUUCUCUGAAGUGCAAUUGGUGAUGUUUGGCCCAGGCAGGAUUUAACCACAGCCCUCACCAACAAUUCUGAAUUAUCUUGCUUUUGAAAAAGUGACUAAGGAAUAGUAAUUUACCUUUAGUGACAUUAUCACACGAUGAAUUUUUUUUAAAAGUGGUGAUAGUUUGAUCUGCUUCCCUCUGGAAAACACCAGCAGCUUUACUUUUUUUUUUUUUGGUGGUGGUGGUUAAGGAAUCUUCAGGAAAUAAGUAUACUGUAUCAGUUCAGUCUCUUAUGGCCAUGUGGUUGGCUCCAAGAAAUUCUAAUCUGGAGUGUGGAGGUAUGAUUUAUCUUCACAGAACAGGACAUUUUUUUCCAUAUGCCAUGAAUUUUCCACUAAUUAUAGUCAUAAUCCAGCUGGAUCACCAGAAUGGCUUAUAAAUUUAUCCACUGCACAUUACAUAAAGAUUAUAAAUGACAUUAAAACAAAACUAUAGAAUAAAUGCCCUGUGAAAUGCUUUGGAAAGUAUUUGAGUUCUACAGCCAUCAUUAACUACACUGAAAUUUGCCACGCACCACACAUCACACUGAAGCAACCGCAGACGUUUCACAGAUUAAAUGCCUAUAUCGUGCCUGCGCGGGGCCAGGCUCAUGGCUUGCCCAACAGCCUGCACCAGCGCUUUUCCAGCUUCUCCGAGCACAUAUAUACCCUCACAGGGGAACUGUGAUACAAAGUGGAAAAAUACCUUCCACCUACUCAAACAGAACAAGUCCCAAACGACAGCAUUCAGAACAUAUACAUACAGCAAUGGCACAGGAUAUAACCGUACAUGUCAGCAUUUUUUUUUUUUUGUUAAUGCCUGGAAUGUAAGUUACAUAUUUCAAUACGGAAAGCAUUUAAAAUCUAUAGGAAAAUUGGCACACUGCCUUUCUAUAGUGCCCUUGGCUUGCUGAAGACCUGCACAUAAGCUUUUCUCCUUUUCCUUUGAGGAUGCACAGGAAUUUGGUGGUUGUUCAAAACCCUCUCUUGCUAUUUAAUAACUUAUUUUUCUUUCAUUUCUGUCUUAUUUCCUGGGGAAUCUUUCAACAGAAUACAUAGAAUGUGCAUUCUGCUGAGAAAGUGUCUGAGAAAAUAAAUCAGGCUUUGGCACGAAACAAAA